AUGGUCACUGUUCAGGACCGUUGCUGUCGGGUUGAUAUAGGGGUCACUGCUGCAUGACUACCGCAGUUUCAGAGAAGCCGUUGGUGAGAAGAGUCGCAUUUCCAAACCCAUACGGAUAUUCAUUUUCUCUUUUGCCAUCCCUUUUGACAUUUUACUUCACACAAAAUGGCUUCUGAACUCACAGAGGAGCAAAUCGCUGAAUUCAAAGAGGCUUUCUCCCUUUUUGACAAGGAUGGUGAUGGCACCAUCACAACCAAGGAGUUGGGUACUGUGAUGAGAUCACUUGGUCAGAACCCUACUGAGGCUGAGCUUCAAGACAUGAUCAAUGAAGUGGAUGCUGAUGGUAAUGGCAAUAUCGACUUUCCCGAAUUCUUGACGAUGAUGGCUAAGAAGAUGAAGGAAACAGACAGCGAAGAAGAGAUCAGAGAAGCUUUCAGAGUCUUCGACAAGGAUGGAAACGGUUUCAUCAGCGCUGCCGAGCUACGUCACGUGAUGACAAACCUUGGUGAGAAGUUGACAGACGAGGAGGUCGAUGAAAUGAUCAGGGAAGCCGAUGUCGAUGGUGACGGCCAGGUCAACUAUGAAGAGUUCGUUUCAAUGAUGACCAAGGAAUAAGCGAUCGCGAUGAUAUCUAUCAUGUCUAUAAAGAACAUUUUUACAUUUCUAUCACCUUGAAAACCUACUAUUUGAACCAUUAUUAUGACGUCACUUAGUAUGGUUGCUAUUUUUACACCUUGAUUUGAAUUCGUGCCGGGAUGUCGACACGAAUGUAAGCAUCAUCAUUUUGACCAGUUGGGGGCCACAUACAUGUGGUACUGUG